AUGUCGUCCUUCCUACCUCUCCUUCCCCUCCCGUCGGCCCCAGCUUCAGACCAGGACUGGAUCCUUGCUAGUAAGAAAGACGGUACUCCUUCCAGCUCUACUUCAAAAGCAGGACCUGCCUUGGCUUUUGAAGACCCGGUUCGUGAGCCGCGCUCAUCCGAGAAAGUAUUUGAAGAACUUGCUCUUGUGCUAUCUGGACAUUUACAGAUUGACGCGUUUACCGACGUGGUUGGCCCGGAAGAGGACGAAGAUUCCGACAUGGAAGAUCUGUCCACUGAAAAUUCGAUCCGCUCUGGAACGUGCCUUUUAGAUGACUCUGAUCUCGAGGGAGAGGAAGAGGAUGAGCCGCCUGGGCUCGGUUCCGGUGAUCACUUUGACCCGACCUCUGCAAGGAGCCAAGAGCAUUUUGCCCUACACUCAUGGUGCCAAAAUGAUUAA